AUGUCUGUCUCAUCGUCAUUUACUUCAGCCGCACUUUCCAGGCCCUCAGUUUUUCCAGAGCUCUCUAGCAAUUUUUCACGUCCUUCUGAAAGUUCAAAGAUUUGUUUUACUUCGUUUCCUGCUUCUAAGAAUCCCAAGAAGAAUGCUAGUUGGAAGCUUACCUGCAGUGUUGCUCCAGUGCAAGGAAUCAGGUGCAAUGCUAUGCAAGUAGAGACUAGGGAAGCCUUUAUGGCUGGGAAGAAAUUUCAGCUUAGUGAUGUGAUUGAAGGGCAGCAAUUUGAUAGGGAGAUGCUUAGCGCUAUAUUUGACGUUGCACGCGAAAUGGAAAAGAUAGAGAAGAGCUCUUCACAGAGUGAAAUACUCAAGGGUUAUUUAAUGGCUACCCUCUUUUACGAGCCAUCUACUCGUACCAGGCUCUCGUUCGAAUCUGCCAUGAAACGACUUGGAGGUGAAGUUUUGACUACUGAGAACGCUAGAGAGUUUUCGUCUGCGGCGAAAGGGGAAACACUUGAAGACACUAUAAGAACGGUGGAGGGUUAUUCAGAUAUAAUCGUGAUGCGACAUUUUGAAAGCGGUGCUGCUAGAAAAGCUGCAGGUACUGCCAAUAUACCUGUCAUUAAUGCUGGUGAUGGUCCUGGAGAGCAUCCCACUCAGGCUCUCUUGGACGUCUAUACCAUCCAAAGUGAAAUUGGGAAGCUAGAUGGUAUCAGUGUUGCUUUAGUUGGCGAUCUUGCCAAUGGAAGGACAGUCCGGUCGCUUGCAUACUUGCUUGCUAAAUUUAAAGAUGUCAAGAUAUACUUUGUUUCCCCUGAAAUUGUUAAAAUGAAGGAUGAUAUAAAAGAGUACUUGACAUCAAAUGGGGUCAAAUGGGAAGAAAGUACAGAUUUGAUGGAAGUAGCAUCCAAGUGUGACGUAGUUUAUCAAACCCGAAUCCAGCGAGAGAGGUUUGGAGAAAGGCUUGACCUUUACGAAGCAGCUCGUGGGAAGUAUAUCGUAGACAAGGAGCUCUUAGGAGUGAUGCAGAAAAAUGCUGUGAUCAUGCAUCCUUUACCGAGAUUGGAUGAAAUUACUCCGGAUGUUGAUGCUGAUCCAAGAGCUGCAUACUUCAGACAAGCAAAGAACGGUUUGUUCAUUAGAAUGGCUCUUCUUAAGCUACUUCUUGUUGCUCGGAAGAAGAUGAUUGGGAAUCCGGUAAUUCAAGUUCCACCAUCACUAAUGCCAUCAUCUUCCAUGAUUGUUUGCCCUCGAGCUUCUCUCAAUGGGCUUCCUUAUCUCCCACCGAAACCUAGAACUAGGCAUUUAGUGGUCAGAGCCGCAUCCAAUUCGCAACCAUCGUCUGAUGAAGGGAAGAGCCCGCUCACGGUUGCUUUGGAUGUGCCGAGGAAUAUAUGGAGACAGACUUUAAAACCCUUGAGUGAUUUCGGGUUUGGUAAGAGAAGUGUUUGGGAAGGUGGGGUUGGUUUGUUCAUCGUCUCUGGAGCUACACUUGCUGCUCUUACCUGGGCUUGGUUGCGAGGGUUUCAAAUGAGGUCGAAAUUCAGGAAGUAUCAGACUGUGUUUGAGCUUGCUCAAGCCUCAGGGAUUUGCACGGGGACACCGGUUAGGAUCCGUGGGGUUACCGUUGGUUCGGUUAUCCGUGUGAAUCCUUCUUUGAAGAACAUUGAAGCUGUUGCUGAGAUUGAAGAUGAUAAGAUUAUUAUCCCAAAGAAUUCACUGGUUGAGGUGAAUCAGUCCGGUCUUCUGAUGGAGACUUUGAUUGAUAUUACCCCGAGGGAUCCGAUACCGGAACCAUCGGUUGGACCUCUGCAUCCGGAAUGUGGUAAAGAAGGUUUGAUUGUUUGUGAUAGGCAGAAGAUUAAGGGAGAGCAAGGAGUGAGUUUAGAUGCACUAGUUGGUAUAUUCACUCGUAUUGGACGUGAAGUAGAGGCGAUUGGUGUCGCCAAUACGUAUUCGCUUGCUGAGAGAGCGGCUGCGGUUAUAGAAGAAGCAAAACCAUUGCUCAAAAAGAUUCAAGCCAUGGCUGAAGAUGCUCAACCUUUGCUCUCUGAGUUUCGUGAUAGCGGCUUGCUCAAGGAAGUUGAGUGCCUUACUCGAAGCCUGACCCAAGCUUCAAACGACAUGAGGAAGGUUCAUUCAUCGAUUAUGACACCUGAGAAUACAGAGCUAAUUCAGAAGUCAAUCCACACUCUGGUUUACACUUUGAAGAAUGUCGAGAGCAUAAGCUCAGAUAUUCUGGGAUUUACAGGCGAUGAAGCCACAAGAAAAAACCUUAAACUACUUAUCAAAUCCCUCAGCAGGCUAUUGUGA